AGGCUGCCCCUCUUCCAGGCGAGCGCGCUGGCCUUCCUUGUCCCUGCCAAGUCCAUCCUGGCCCUGGAGAAGUGGCAAUGCCCACCUGAAGGUGAGGGUAGAGGGGGUGCAGGGGGUAACCCCUGCCAGGCUGAUGAUCCCUCCCCACCCCUCCGUGCCCUGCAGAUCCAGGGGGCCAUCAUAGUGUCCAGCCUGAUGGAGGUGGUCAUCGGGCUACUGGGGCUGCCCGGGGCACUGCUGAGCUACAUCGGGCCGCUGACCGUCACCCCCACCGUGUCCCUGAUCGGACUCUCCGUCUUCCAGGCCGCCGGCGCGCGGGCAGGCUCCCACUGGGCCAACGCCGUGACCAUCUUCCUGAUUGUGCUGUUUGCCCAGUACCUGCGGCAGGUUGCCAUCUGCCUGCCUGGCUACCGGCGGGGCCGCGGCUUCGUCCUGCUCCGCAUCCAGAUCUUCAAGAUGUUCCCGAUCAUCCUGGCCAUCAUGGUGGUGUGGCUGAUCUGCUACGCCCUGGCUCGCAACAGCGCCUUCCCCCGCGCGGGGCCCCCAAAGUGGCACUGGUGAGCACAAGGGGGGCCCUGUCCUGGGGUGCCCUCAACCCUGACCUCCUUCUCUGCCCCCUGGACAGGCCAGUGGGGUGUGCCCACGGUGACCUCAGCGGCCGUGCUGGGCAUGUUCAGUGCCACACUGGCAGGCAUCAUCGAGUCCAUCGGGGACUACUACUCCUGUGCCCGGCUGGCAGGAGCCCCCGCGCCCCCCGUGCAUGCCAUUAACAGGGGCAUUUUCACCGAGGGCAUCUCCUGCAUCAUCGCGGGACUGCUGGGAACUGGCAACGGCUCCACCUCCUCCAGCCCCAACAUCGGCGUCCUGG